AUGGAUCUUAUGAACAGUAAUGAUACAACCAGAAAUGAACUGAACAAAGGACAAGUUGAGUACAUUAGAUGGAUGGGGAUGCACGAUGACAUUCUCAGACAGAAAGCUAGGGUGAACUGGUUUGAAGAAGGAGAUGCUAACACUAAAUACUUCCAUAGCACCAUCAGAGGGAGAAGGAGAAGGCUGCAAAUUCUUAAAAUCAAAGAUCAUAGAGGCCAAUGGAUUGAGGGGGAUGCUAAUAUUGGCAAGGAUAAUGAAAGUCUCACUGCCAUUCCUGACACAAAGGAGAUUAGAUAUGUUGUCUUUAACAUGGAUCCUGACAGUGCAGCAGGACCAGAUGGUUAUAAUGGGAAAUUCUUUCAAUCCUUUUGGGAUAUCAUUAAGGAGGAUAUCACUGAUUUUGUUCAAGCUGUUUUCAAUGGCAGGAGGCUCACUAAAUUUUUUUCUCAUACUUGUUUAGUUCUUAUUCCUAAAGUUGAUUCCCCUAAUAGUUUCUCCGACUUGAGACCUAUUAGUUUGAGUAACUUUACUGCCAAGAUUAUCUCCAAGAUCCUUUCCAGAAGGCUGAAUCCUAUUCUUGGGAAGCUUAUAUCAGAGAAUCAAAGUGGCUUUGUGAAAGGAAGAUUGAUCACUGAAAAUAUCCUUUUAUCUCAGGAGAUUGCUCAGGGCGUGAACAAGAAGAACAGAGGAGGCAAUGUUAUUAUAAAACUUGACAUGGCAAAAGCUUAUGAUAGAAUUUCCUGGACCUUUUUGAUAGCAGUUAUGCGGAAAUUUGGUUUCUAUGAGAAUUGGAUUGACAUGAUCUGGGGACUUCUACAAGAUAUAUGCAUGGAUUCGAGAGGUCCGAUGAUCAAUCAUUUAGCCUACGCUGAUGAUAUUGUUAUAUUCUGUGGUGGAAACAAUAUGACUCUUAAGUUAAUCAAAAAGGUUAUUGACAUGUAUGGAAAGGCUUCUGGGCAGAAAGUUAACAACGAUAAGAGCUUCUUUAUCACAGCCCCUCACACAUGCGCUGCUAGAAUCAAUAGAAUUAGGAAUGCUACAGGCUAUAUGGAUAAGUCUUUCCCUUUCACUUAUCUGGGAUGCCCCAUUUAUUUUGGGAGGAAGACUAGCAAUCUUUUUGACGGUAUGCUCUCUAAGGUGGUCAAGAAACUUAAUGGAUGGCAAGCCAAUAUGAUGUCCUCUGGAGGGAGAAUGAUCUUGAUUAAACAUGUCUUACAAUCACUCCCCACAUACAUCCUUUCUGCUAUGAACCCUCCUAAAGGAAUUACUAAGCUCAUGGAGAAACACUUUGCAAACUUCUUUUGGGGCACAAAUGAAGGUAAAAACAAAUAUCAUUGGUCUUCAUGGAAUAAUCUUUGUCUCCCCAAAGAAGAGGGAGGAGCCGGUGUCAAAAAAAUGGAGGAUAUCAUAGAUACACUUAACAUUAAAAGAUGGUGGAGAUUCAGAACUCACCCCUCUCUAUGGGCCAACCUUCUCAAGAAUAAAUAUUGCAAAAGAGCCCAUCCAGUGAACAAAAAGUCAAAUCCCUCUGAUUCUCAUAUUUGGAGAAACAUGCUCAAAAUCAGACACAAAGCAGAGGAAAACAUUAGAUGUGAAAUACAGAAAGGUAAUUGUAGCUUUUGGUGGGAUAACUGGACAGGUAAAGGUGCAUUGGCCAACAUAUUACAAGGUAGUGGAAGAUUCUCUAAAGUACAGGUGAAAGACUUCAUAAUUAAUGGAGAAUGGACUAUUGUCAAACUCAACGAUGUUCUUCCCGUGCAUAUUAUGGAUAGUGUUGCUCAACUGGAUAUAGGUGACCCAAAUGAGGAUGAUUUCCCGGUAGAAAUAGUUCAACAUGUCUUUAAUAGUAGUAAAGCUGCCAUCUUCAUAUGGAACAACAUAGGUAAUGCAUUUGGAAUCAAACAUCAGCAGAAGCCUAUUAUUGCUACCUUCAAAAGAUGGUGGGAAACAACGGCCAACAAUAAAGUGCACAAUCAAAUGCUUCAAAUAGCUCCUACAACCAUAUGCUGGGAACUGUGGAAACAAAGAAAUACAUGCAAAUAUGAAAAACAAAAGAAGUUUCAGCUGAACUCGAUGAGACACCAAAUCACAUGGACAUUGAAAACGGCUAUCUCCAACAUGGUACCAGGUGAAUACACUCAGAUGGAAUGGCCUUUAUUAUGUGAUAAGGUCGAGAGACUCAGACCAUAUCAGAAAUGGAUACAAGUUACAUGGGAGUCUCCACUAGCCGGCACUAUCAAAGUUAAUACGGAUGGAAGCUUUUACAAAGAAAGUGGUAAGGCAGGCAUUGGAGGGGUGGUCAGGAACAGUCAAGGGGACCUUAUUGCGGCUUUUUCUAUUCAUAUCAGCUGUGAUGAUCAUACCAUAGUAGAGGCUAAAGCAGCAGAGUUUGGAGGGAAAUGGUGCAGUCAGAAUGGAUACACUAAUUUCUCUAUCGAACUGGACUCAAAGAUCAUAGUGAAUAUGCUCACGGAUGAAAAUCCUAACGACAUGCAGAUUAAAAAGGUUAUAGACAGAGCCUCCCUCAUCAUUAAACAAACUAGAGCUACGGUCAGGCACUGUUUCAGAGAGGGGAAUCAGGUUGCGGAUUGUCUUGCUAAAUUGGCUACAACCACAAAUCAGAGAAGGUUGUAUCACUCACUCCAAGAAUUGCCUAGCAAUGCAAAAGGACUCUUUCUCCUUGAUAAAUGGCAACUUCCCAGUAUAAGGACAAAGUAUGAAAAAUCUAAUUUUUUUGUUAGUUAA